GUUUUCUUCUUCGCUACAAAAUCCGAACUGAAAAAUUCCCACGAAAUUGUCGAGCUUCUUCGUGCUCCUCUGCUCUUCUUCUUCUUCUUCUUCGGAACUUCUAAGAAACAGAGCCGAGUGAGUUCAUUUCCAUGAGAUUGGAUCCGUAAUCCCGAGAUUGCUUAAAGCUGCAGCGGAAGGAGAGGGAAAGGAGCAAAAAGAAAGAAUGGUGAUGAAUCUGGCUAAUUCAUUUCUGGCGCGAGCAAGGGAUGGAGUGGCAUGGAGAGGACUGGUCUACACAAUCUUCAUUCUGCAUUUCGUAUUCGUUUGCCAGCUUCUGCUUCUCCAGCCUCUCGUCUCCGCUUCUGAUAGUAAGACCAAUAGCGCUGCGGAGUUGUUCGAGAGGGUUGCUCAAAGUGUAAAAGUCAAACUCUAUAGUGAUGCACUUGAUGAUCUAAAUUCUGCCAUUGAGGCAGAUCCAACGCUUUCAGAAGCAUAUUUUCGGCGUGCCUCCAUUCUUCGUCAAAUAUGCAGAUAUGACGAAUCAGAAAUAAGCUAUCAAAAGUUUCUGGAGCUAAAACCAGGGCAUUCUGCUGCAGAAAAGGAGCUCUCUCAGUUAAAUCAAGCAAAAAGUGCUUUUGAGUCAGCCCUAACUCUUUCUAGUUCCGGAGAUCAUUCAAAAGCUUUGGAGUUUGUUGAUAAAGUUGUGCUUGUUUUUUCACCUGCCUGCUCCAAGGCUAAAAUACUUAAGGUGAGGUUGUUGUUGGGAGUUAAAGACUUCUCUGCUGCCAUCUCUGAGAGUGGAUAUAUUCUGCGCGAGGAUGAAAACAAUCUAGAGGCCCUCCUUCUCCGUGGUCGUGCCUACUACUAUCUAGCAGAUCAUGAUGUCGCCUCAAAGCAUUAUCAGAAAGGUCUUCGUCUUGAUCCUGAGCACAGUGAACUGAAGAAAGCAUAUUUCGGGUUAAAAAAAUUGCUCAAAAAGACUAAAAGUGCUGAAGAUAAUGCGAACAAGGGUAAACUUCGAGUCGCUGUUGAGGACUACAAAGCAGCUCUAGCAAUGGACCCCGAUCAUAUUGCACACAAUGUCAAUCUUCAUCUGGGUUUGUGCAAGGUCCUGGUCACGCUUGGCAGGGGUAACGAUGCAUUAAAUAGCUGCAAUGAUGCACUUAAUAUAGAUGAGGAACUUCUUGAAGCUUUAGUUCAGAGGGGUGAAGCAAAACUUCUAACUGAGGACUGGGAAGGAGCUGUUGAGGAUCUGAAAUCAGCAGCUCAACAAUCACCACAGGAUAUGAAUAUUCGUGAAGCCCUGAUGAGGGCUGAGAAAGCUCUCAAGAUGAGCAAACGCAAAGACUGGUAUAAGAUAUUGGGCAUAUCUAAAACCGCUUCCAUAGCUGAAAUCAAGCGCGCCUACAAGAAACUUGCUUUGCAGUGGCACCCUGAUAAGAACGUCGAGAACAGAGAAGAAGCAGAGAAUAAGUUCCGAGAAAUUGCUGCUGCUUACGAGGUGGUAUUAGGAGACGAUGAGAAGCGAGCUAGAUUCGACAGAGGAGAAGACGUUGAAGACAUGGGGAUGGGAGGUGGUGGUGGCGGUUUUAACCCAUUUGGCGGCGGUGGUGGUGGUGGCGGCCAGCAUUUCUCUUUCCAGUUUGAUGGUGGCUUUCCUGGCGGGUUUGAUGGUGGAUUUCCAGGAGGAGGUGGCGGGGGCGGUUUUCAGUUCCAUUUCUGAGUUCCUUUCCAAGGCGGGAAAGAGAGAUGUUUCUCCUGAUCCAAUCGCGCUUUACUCUUCGCCUCUGUUGCGCUACGAGCACUAACAUGACUUACCCUGACCAAAAAAAAAGACGGCCUCUUAGACAGAUCAUCAGAACUGAAUCAUAAUAUAGAGAACAGAAAAGUUUUGUUCCGAAACCGCUGAAUUCAUGAACUUGUUUCUGUUCUUUCCCCUUUAAGCUGUUGAGAGCUAAUUCAAUUAUUUACCGUCUCAUUGUCAACCAUCUUACUACCACUACUAUUCCAUUACUAUAGGAACUAGCUUGUACCCGGCGGAAUGUUUAGGUUUUAUUAUAGGCUUAGGUUACUAUACAAAACAAUACGAAACCCUUUCCAUUUGUAAACUAAAAAUCUUCUGCCCAAAACUAAAUGAGAGAAAUAAGAGUUUUGAGAUAAUUGAUUGCUGACUGCUGACCAUAUCUGAUUCGACCGGUAUGGAUUUACAAAUGUGCUGACUAUAUAUAAUUCGUUUUACAUUG